AUGAAGCCCCAUACAACUACCAUGGAUUCGCAGCAAAAACUCACGCCAACGCCGUCCGACGAUGGAAUUUUCAGCAAGUUUCGACUAAGUUGUUGCACUGCGAAAUCUUUCAAGCGAGUGGGCGUCCUGCUCGCCUUUCACCUACUGAAUGCCUUCGUAGCCAUCAGUGGCGUCAUUUCCGUGGCAAUGCUGCUCGCUAGCAUGGUUCUUAUGCCGCUUUGGGCCGUAGCAUUGCUACUGAUGGCACUCGCCAUGUUCAUGAUCCACGUCGUUCACCAAAUUCCUCAGAAGUGUCUCAUGUACUUCGGGUAUGUGGUUCUGGUAGCGCUUUAUAUUGCUUCCCUGUCCAUCUACUGGUAUAUAACAGUCAGUCCCUACGCGCUUUUUGCCGCUGGAGCCGUCGGUGUGGGCCUCUUCUUCUUGUCAUCCGCCACAAUGAGGCUUCUAGUGAAACUCGACGUCCAACUGGCGAAUUUCAUCUCAACAGACAAAGACGUCACUCUUCAGCCAGAUGAUUGCGCGUAUCGCUUCAAGCUUUCCAAAGCAACCAACCCCAGCGCUCUCUUGCCGCACAUUCGCAUGACGCGGCAGGUGUGGCUAGCUGUCAUGUACUUUGCCUCGCUGAAGAUCGCUGCGGGGGUGUUGAGUACAGCUGUGAUUGUACUCACUGUGGUUCUGCCAAUGUUGGCGUUUUUCAGUGGAUUGCUAUUCGGUAGCCAAGUCACCGUUGGUGACAACCCCAUCGCUUACAUUGGCUUGAUCAUCGCGAUUUGGUUGAUUGGUGCCAUCGGAGUGCCCAUUGUGGCAGUGCUGUCUGUGAGACUUACAACACGGGUUUGUGGUGCUGAACAAAACGAAGAGGAAGUUGAGAUUGAAGCAGCUUUCCCGCUAACUCCUGAGCCGGAGUCAAGCACGACAAGCUUUGCAGGGCUUGCUGGAACAAAUCCUUCUGCAGUUGGUUGACAUGUGAGUAUCGUCGACGCGUAAAACACUUGCGACGGGGUCCUUGGGUAUCGGCGAGCAACAGGAACAACGAGGACAAGGCCGCCCCCUUAUGAUCACUUUGUAAAAACUUU